AGAGCGCGUGUGUUCCUUUGGAGGCUGCACUGGGGUGAUGCUUGUGCACAGAGGGUAACACUGCACUCCUCCUCCUGUUUCCGAAGGUGAACGGAGUACUCUGCAGCUGUACUGCUCGAGGAGUUUUGUUUGUGCAUAGCCCCAUAAUUAUAUCUAUCUAGCUCGGCAGAGCAGACUGCCACAGUCCUCGCCUAGAGCAAUUUACAGCAAGCUGCAGGUGCAGACUUUUGCUGCUGCUUCUUUAAGGAGGAUGCCAGCCCCCAUCAGAUUGCGGGAGCUGAUCCGGACCAUCCGGACAGCACGAACCCAAGCAGAAGAGCGUGAAAUGAUUCAGAAAGAAUGUGCUGCCAUCCGGUCAUCUUUUAGAGAAGAGGAUAAUACAUACCGCUGCCGGAAUGUGGCAAAACUGCUGUACAUGCACAUGUUGGGGUAUCCUGCGCAUUUUGGACAGUUGGAGUGCCUCAAACUUAUUGCCUCUCAGAAAUUCACAGACAAGCGCAUUGGGUACUUAGGUGCCAUGCUGCUACUGGAUGAGAGACAGGAUGUCCACCUUCUCAUGACCAACUGCAUCAAAAAUGACCUUAAUCACAGCACGCAGUACGUGCAGGGGCUGGCACUCUGCACCCUGGGCUGCAUGGGCUCCUCUGAGAUGUGCAGAGACCUGGCAGGAGAGGUGGAGAAACUCCUCAAAACAUCCAACUCUUACCUAAGGAAAAAGGCUGCUCUGUGUGCUGUGCAUGUCAUUAGGAAGGUGCCUGAACUCAUGGAGAUGUUCCUGCCAGCCACCAAAACCCUCCUGAAUGAGAAGAACCAUGGUGUUCUUCACACAUCAGUUGUCCUCCUCACAGAGAUGUGUGAGAGAAGCCCAGACAUGUUAGCACACUUCAGAAAGAAUGAGAAGCUCGUCCCCCAGCUAGUUCGGAUUCUAAAGAACCUUAUCAUGUCUGGAUAUUCACCAGAGCACGACGUGUCUGGGAUCAGUGACCCCUUCCUGCAGGUGCGGAUCCUGCGGUUACUGAGAAUUCUGGGGCGAAACGACGACGAUUCAAGCGAAGCGAUGAAUGACAUACUAGCACAGGUUGCCACAAAUACAGAAACGAGUAAAAACGUGGGUAACGCCAUCCUCUAUGAGACCGUAUUGACUAUUAUGGACAUCAGGUCUGAGAGUGGAUUGCGCGUGUUAGCCAUUAACAUCCUAGGCCGCUUCUUGUUAAAUAACGACAAGAAUAUUCGAUAUGUGGCUCUGACCUCCUUGUUGAAGACUGUGCAGACAGACCACAAUGCAGUACAGCGGCACAGAAGCACCAUUGUGGACUGCCUAAAAGAUCUGGAUGUCUCCAUUAAACGGCGCGCAAUGGAACUGAGCUUUGCCCUAGUGAAUGGGAACAAUAUCCGUGGAAUGAUGAAGGAACUGCUGUAUUUCCUGGAUUCCUGUGAGCCAGAGUUCAAGGCAGAUUGUGCCUCUGGAAUAUUUCUUGCAGCAGAGAAAUAUGCCCCGUCCAAGCGCUGGCACAUAGACACAAUUAUGCGAGUCUUAACAACGGCAGGAAGUUACGUUCGAGAUGAUGCUGUCCCCAACCUGAUCCAGCUGAUAACAAACAGCGUGGAGAUGCAUGCCUACACGGUGCAGAGACUCUACAAAGCCAUCCUGGGGGAUUACUCCCAGCAGCCCCUGGUGCAGGUGGCCUCUUGGUGUAUGGGAGAAUAUGGAGACCUCUUGAUAUCUGGUCAGUGUGAAGAGGAGGAGCCGGCUCAGGUAACGGAGGAGGAAGUGCUGGAUAUUUUGGAGAGUGUCCUGAUCUCCAACAUGUCUGCGUCAGUUACACGAGGCUACGCUCUCACUGCCAUCAUGAAGCUUUCCACAAGGUUCACCUGCACUGUCAACCGCAUUAAGAAGGUUGUGUCCAUCUAUGGCAGCAGCAUUGAUGUGGAGCUGCAGCAGAGAGCGGUGGAGUACAAUGCACUUUUCAAGAAGUAUGACCACAUGAGGUCAGCCCUGCUCGAGAGAAUGCCAGUUAUGGAAAAGGUGACCAACGGCCCCACUGAGAUUGUACAGACCAAUGGAGAGACGGAGCCGGCAGUGCUGGAAACCAAACCUCCCCCCUCUGCGCUGCAGCCCGCCAGCCAGGCAAAUGACUUGUUGGACUUAUUGGGAGGAAGUGAUAUAACCCCCGUCAUUCCAGCUGCCCCUACAAGCAAGCCAGCCUCUGCCGGUGGGGAGCUCCUGGACCUCCUGGGAGAUCUCAACCUAACCGGUUCCCCAGCCUCUGUCCCUACGUCUCAGAUAUCACAGCCUGCGUUCCUCUUGGAUGGACUCUCAUCACAACCUCUCUUCAAUGAUAUUGCUGCUGGCAUCCCUUCCAUCACUGCGUACAGCAAGAAUGGGCUGAAGAUCGAGUUCACCUUUGAGAGAUCGAACACAAACCCCAGUGUCACCGUGAUCACGAUACAGGCCUCCAACAACACAGAGCUGGACAUGACAGACUUUGUUUUCCAGGCUGCGGUACCAAAGACAUUCCAGCUGCAGCUCCUGUCUCCCAGCAGCAGCAUCAUCCCAGCAUUUAAUACGGGGACCAUCACACAGGUCAUCAAAGUUCUGAACCCACAGAAGCAACAGCUCCGUAUGCGGAUCAAGUUGACCUAUAAUCACAAGGGCUCAGCAAUGCAGGAUCUAGCAGAAGUCAACAACUUCCCCCCCCAGUCCUGGCAGUGAGCUCUGGCACCAUUCUUACUCACCCCACCCAAUCAAAGAAACUCUGGGAAGAAGGUUGUGAUCCCUGGCAGUCCCCCACACUGCACCAUGAACCUGGGGAACGAUGGGACCUGCUGAGGAGCAGGAAUCUUCCCGAAGUGAUGCUGAUUUUGAAGCAUAUCUGUUAAGACUAAUUUCCUCCCCUCCACUGAUGAGGCUUGCUGCUUGUGGAGGCUGCUCUGCACUCCCCCAUGCAUUCCCAGCCGGAAGCAACAUUCCCUUCCUCCCAAGAAACCUGCAGCGUGUUUGGAAGAGAGGACUGGAAUUGCUUGCAAGGAAACACUUUUUUCUGUCUCUCUCCCACUGUUCAUUGAGUGAGCAGCUAUCCCUCCUUUCUGCUGCCUUCUUUCUAUGGGCUGGGUGAAGUAGUUUUGAGUUAUUACUAGCUGGGUUACCAUCUUCAGGCAUUUUCAUGUGGAGUUGGAGGAGACGCUUAUCCAGAGACCAUUAGAGAGCCCUGUCUUUUCUUUGGAGGGAGGGAGGGAGGUUCCCGCUUUGUGUGAGGAGGCUGUUGGCUCCUGGUGGCCUGUUCUGUGCAUUGUUGUACACAUGCGAACACCUUAGCUGUACGCUCCCCACAGCAGGUCAGAGACCGAGCGCAGGACGAGAUGAGAUGUGACCCAUUGAUUUGGUGCUGUAUUUGAAUGGUAAGCCCUGAGACUUUGGUUUCCUCCACUUUGCAUCGUUGGUUGCAGCCAUGCAGACUCUCAAUGGCUCUUCUGUAGCUAUCUCCCCAAAAAGCAUCACAAUGGACCAGAGACCUAGAGUGCCAACCCUCCCCCAUGCUCAGAAUUUCAAAACUCAUAUUGCCCCUUCCCUUGGCUGUUGGCUGUGGUAGGUCGGUAGAAAGGCAACGUUCCGCUCUAUUGAUCGUUUUUGGGUAAAGGUUCCAUUGCCUGCCGGGAGGCUUGGCACAGGCUACACUGCAAAGUCACUUUUCCCUGUUACCCCAGGCCCUUCCCCCUUCCAUUUCCCACGUCUGUCAUAGACCCCUGGAUUCCAUCCGAGUUCAUUCUUCUGACUGGGAUGUUUGUUGUAUCUGUAACAUUGGCACUGAAAUAAAGAUCGUGCAGUUUGAAGAGACCUUUCCCACUUCGUACUUAAUGGUGGUGUAACGAAACCCGGUUGUUCCUUGCUCCCCUGUCAGUGAAGUCCUGUCAGUCCAGAGUGGCACCCACAUUGAUUCUCAAACUGAAAGUAACACAGCAAGAUAUUCGUUGUGUGGAGACCAAUUUCUUGAGCAGCUGGGUCCGAUGACCUGAGGUCUGGUGCUCUUCUGUGCUAUGUCAGUGGUUUCCAGAGAAGAGCGAUGUAUUGCUGCAUUGCACAUUUGUUAAUGUGUGGUGUCAGCCAGGUAGUGGCCCAUGAGCCCUAGGGGAGAGGUGAAGAAUGGAAGCCAAGGCCCUUAGCCACCCUCUCUCACUAUGCGUGGUGUUGUGCACCCUCCAGGAUUGGGGAAGGGCAGGGGCACAUCUUGGAUUUUCUUCCUUUGAGCAUAUUGGCAUGCUAAGUCGAGUCUCAUCUCCAACCCUGAUGCUUUCUUAAAGGAAACUGGUAACAAAUCUGCUUUACUUCUCCCACAGAGCCAUCAGUGGUGUCUCAGCCAGUCUAGACCUGUAUCCUGCGCAUGGUCUCCUAGGGCUGACUGACACCAGCCCCUGGUCUUCACUGGAAAUGUUUCCAGCUCUCAGUGUAACUGAUAUGGGUACAGGGUCAGAUGUUUGUUAAUUGUUGAUGGGUGGUCAGAGCAGGUUGUGAGACUACAAGUGUGGGGGAUGCUGGACAGUUAAGGAAAGCAGGAAGAGCCGCUCUGCCUUUGCCUUUAAAAAGUGGUUGCUAAAGAUUGCUGUUCAAACUGAUAUUAAAUAAUACUGCAGCUUAGCACAGUGCUUUGUGUAGGAUUGAGGGGUAAGUCCCUGCAGCAACACUAGUGGCCUCACACUCUGAGGCCAAUGUGGAGGGAGCAGCGGAAGCCUUUUUGAUUAGAGUAGAAGAGUAGCUCCAGCAUUCUGCUGCUAUUGGUAUCGGGUUAAGGCUAAAACUUGCAAGGAAGACUAAGCUGUAGUCAAACAGCGUCCCCCUUGAGAACAGCACUGGUCCUGGUUCUGGCAUUCACAAGAAGAGCAAUGUCUUGGUGGUGAGGUGUCUGCUUCGGACAGAAGUAUAAAGAUACAGCACUAUUUAACAGCUGUGAAAGGGUCUGCACUUAAAAGUGCAGAACAUUACUUCCCCAGUCGCUUCAGCUAUAAGUGAAGGUAAUGAUGUGCCUCCCUCUGAUUCAGAAAUGCUUUGGGAUAUCAAGCUAAUGGAAAGUUUGUGCCUUAGUUUCUGUGAAUUCUCCCAUUCUCCUCAGUGGAGGCUGCACCUGCCACAAAGUCACUCGUUACUGUGAAGUUCCUUUUUCGUAGGAAGAGCAGUGAUGCUGGAGCAUUAGUGAGGACAGCUAAUGCUGCAGAAGCAAUGGUAAUGCUGGCCUGUUGACGGCUGUACAGUUGGAUGCUGAAUACCUCAUUGCUUCAGGUGCUGUUACAUCAUUUCUUCUGGAGCAUCGUGGUGUGCCAGUAGGGUUCCAAGUAGAAGCUUGUAGGGAUAACUUCCUCCUGUAUAUAUGGCUUCUCUUCAGACUCAUUCCAUGGAAGACAUGGUUGCAUACAUAUGGAGCUCUCUGCAUUUGACACGCAGUUUUGGUGCAGUUGACCUAAGUUCAGGAGAAUGGAAACGGCAGAGUGAGUGGUGUGGAUUGUGCACCUGUAGGCAUUUGAGGCCAUCCUUUGGCUGUGAGGUAAUCUUCAUGAAGAGAUUAAGCAUUUCUGCCAUCUUUGGAGGUCUCUGCCUUUCUCUUGCUGGGGAAAUGGUGCUAACACCAUACGACAGCAAGGGAGAGUUUCACACACCUAGUGAUCAAUCCCUUUGUUUGCUACUUGACUUGGGCAUGUCUCUUAAUCCCCUUUUCUGUUUCCUUGUUUGUAACUUGGAUGCCCACCUCUGUAAAGUGCUUUGAGCGCUGUUUACAUUCACAUUAAUGGAAUGGGACAGUUGUUCACGUUCGGUUGCUUGCACCUCUCAUAACAUGCAUCCUGUUUUAAUGUGGAGGGACAGUGCUAAAGGCAGGAUGCAGACUGAAGGUUAACCUUCCAAACACUCUGCAUAGGGAGUUUGGGGCUUGGAGAAGAUGGUGAAUGUCUUUUCCCUAUCCCUGAAUGUAUUAAUGUCUUUGAGCCAUGAGACAGCAGAAGGAAUAGGAGCUGUAUCAGGCUGAAAAGAGAGGAGAUGGGGAGGAGUCAGUAAAGGUCCUUAAAUUGGAUUUUGUGCAGCUUGUUGGGGGAACAGCACAUGGAAUUAAUAUGAACAACUCUUUUUCAAGCAAUAGCAGUGAGUAGCUGCUGCCUACACAGGGCUUUGGAUAUUUAACUCAAGAUGCUGAAGCAGCUGGGACAGGCAAAUUUCAUUCCUUUACCUAGGACUGGUUCUGGAGCAGCAAGGAUGGCUUUUUAGACCUACUGAUGUGCUUUCCAUGUGUUUAUUUUCUGCUUUGGGGGCUGAGAGGAAAGGAGCCAUUGGUCGCUUCCCUCUGUGAACUCACUUGAUUCCUGUAACCCCUUUUUUUUCCUCAAGUUGUAAGUUACAUUUUACAUGGAACCCCAUCCCAUCUUCUGGACUGUAAAAAAAUGAAUGAAUGAAUGAAUGAACUUACCCUUUUUGAGAGGGGAGGCUGAUGAUGUUCUAACUAUUGCAGAUUUUUGAGAUGUGAAAAAAAAUAAUUAAAUGCUAAGUCUUAGAGGUGAGUGAGGAGCAAUACAGAUGUAAACAUUUACAUGGGAUGCAUUAGAAUUCUGCUGUGUGUAUUGUCUUUCAGUUGAAACAAAUUAUGAAGUGACUAAUAAAGUCAAUACUCAGUGAUUUAAAA